AUGACUUAUACAGCCGAAACUACUUCCAUAGCCGACGCUCCCUCGCGGCCCCGUAAUGAUGGGCAGCGAGCCCCAAGAGGAAGAGGAAGGGGUCGCGGUAGAGGAGGAGGAGCUUCAGGAGAGGCUGGUGGUGAUCUUAGACAUUCGGAAAAUCGUGGAGGAAGACGGGGUCGCGGUGGAAACAGGGGAGGUUCUGCUAGCCACGACACCACAAACACGAAUACCAAUACCAUAAACUCUACAGACCUCACUACGAAAUUCUCCACCCAGAGAAAGUUGCCAAAAACAGAUGGAGAACUCAAGGACGCAGAUGGGGAGCCGGUUGAAGCGGAGGUGUGCUUUAUUUGCGCCUCGGACGUCGAGCAUAAUGCUGUUGCCCCAUGCAAUCAUCGUACAUGCCAUAUCUGUGCUUUGCGGAUGAGAGCAUUGUACAAGACGAAGGACUGUGUACAUUGUAGAGCGCCAUCGCCGUUUGUUAUAUUCACAGACAACGCGACUAAAAAUUAUGAAGACUUCUCUAACGAAGAUAUCUCGAAUACAGACCCAAAUAUCGGCAUUCGAUAUGAGAGUAACGACAUUCAGGAGGAUACUUUACUGCUUCUGCGGUAUAACUGUCCCGAUCUUACUUGUGAUACUGCAUAUAAGGAAUUGGAAAAUCAUAUGAGGAAGGGUGAUGACAACCCUGGAGCGCUUGAUCAAACAGGAUUCAAGGGUCAUCCUCUAUGUACUUUCUGUGGUCAACGCUUUUAUGGCGAUGACGAGCUAUUUUUGCACUGCCGAGACAAACAUGAAAGGUGUCAUGUCUGUGACCAUCAGAGUAACAACGGUCAACCACAUUAUUAUGUUGAUUAUAACUCUUUGUCGCAACACUUCCGAAAGGAUCAUUUUCCUUGUAACGAGCCGGAAUGCUUGGAGCAAAAGCUUAUAUUUUUCGCUACGGAGAUGGAUUUGAAAGCACAUCAAUUGGAGGUCCACGGAAGUACUUUAUCUAAAGACGUUCGGAGAGACGCAAGAACGGUAGACAUCUCUACCUUUGAAUAUCGACAACCAUAUGUACAAGAGCGCAGCCGCGGAGGAAGUCAACGAGAGCAACGAGAUGGCCGCGGUAGAGGCAGGGGCAGAGAUCCGAAUGCUGAACCAUUGCCACCAUCAAGUGCACAGCCCUUACGCCGGGAUGAGCAAGCUUUCCAACGACAAAUGGCUGUGCAUGGUGCUCAGACUGGAUCAUCAAGAGCUUUCGGUGGCCAAUUGACGGCCCCUACCCCAGCCCAAGCUAAUGCAAGAACCAACCCGGCACAGUCUUCACGGGCUGCCACCGCUCGACCUGCAGCCAAUGCUGGGGGUCUUUCCGAUGCGGUCGUAGGGAUGAACAUAGCUCCACCAGAGUUGACACCUCAAGAACAAGCCAGGCAACUUCGACAUAACGACGUUAUUGAAAGAGCGACCCGACUUCUACAGAACGAUCAAACCAAGUUGAAUCAUUUUCGGAACUCCAUAUCUUCAUACAGAAAUGGUGGGUUGACUGCUAACGCUCUCAUCGAUGCAUUUUUUGCUCUGUUUUCGGACACUACUCCUGCUGCCCUGGGCACACUUAUUCGUGAUUUAGCCGACCUUUUUGAAGAUCAGAGCAAGAAAGCUGCUAUAAUUACUGCUUGGAAUGAUUGGCGUGCAAUCAACGAAGAUUACCCAUCUCUCCCAGCUCCUACUUCCAGUAACGGUAAUUCCAUACCUCUGGGCUGGGCAUCCUUAACCACCAAUUCUUCUGGCCCACGAUCAAAUCGUGUGCUGAAACUCAAAAAGUCCACCGCACAAUCAUCCCGCUCAACCGUCUCACAAAACCGAUCCUGGGGCACUGCUUCAACCACUGCCUCUACUUCAGCACCAGCCCCCUCCUCGUCAUACCAGUACACUAAUCCCUUCCCCACUCUUCCCUCGUCCCGUCCCAAUCAGACCGACUCUCGUAUAACAACCACACCCUGGAUAGCACCAACUCCUACAGCCUCCACUUCUUCGGCGCCCGCAUCCGCACCUCCUAGUCGAGCACCUUCGCGUGCGCAAGCAAGAAAUGGCAAGAGUAACGAUUCGAGUGCAUUUCCAGCUUUGCCACCGGCUGCCAGACCACAAAGUUCCAUUUUUGGGUAUGGCACGGGGAUGGUGAGGAGGGAUAUGGGUGGGAAACCAGUUACGACUGCGUGGGGAGCGGCGAAUGGCGAGGGAAGCUCGGGGACUGCAGGGGAGGCAGAAAGCGCGGAUGUUGGGCAAGGAGGCAGGAAAAAGGGAAAUAAGGGAAAGAAACAGGUUUUGAUGAAUUGGGGUUAG